GCCUCUGAUUAAGAUGUAUAAAAAUAACUAAAUAAAAAUAAUCCUCUUUUUUGAGUAGUAUGCAUUAAAAAUGUAACAAAAAUCCAUCCUUUAAUUUGAGGACAUAUAUUCUGUGGUGGGAAAAAUACGACAUUAAGAAGUUUUGCUCAGCUGUUGGUUCCCAUAACAAACCCUUUAAAAUAAAUCAAACAUUUCUUAUUCUUUUACUUUUUAAAAUUGAUCAGAGUAUCUAGGUAUUUUCAAGUAGUAUUUCAUGACUUUCUGGUUCACUCUAGUUUAAAACUCUGGCUCAAUUUGCUUUUAGCCACUGGUUGCUAUGUUUGAUGAGGAGCCAUUUUUAUUUCGCCACCACAGCAGGUUGCUAAGGCAGGAAAAUCAUCUCUGUAACAACCAAGGCGCUAAACCUUUCAGGGAUUUUAAUUAGAUAAAAAGAGAUUGAGUUUUUCUGUAAUACAGGUAAUGUGGGUAAUUUUGACAUGAAAUAAAAGACAAAUGUGUAGAAGUUACUGUUAAGUAUGGUGGGCAUAAAGUGAGGCUGUGGGCCUGUUUAUGUUUUGAAAGGCACUGCGAAUAUUGUUAGUGUAAAAAAUAUAUGUAAACCUGGUUGCUGUUAUGACCCCUUACUGAAGAGUUUAAACUAAAUCAAUUUCUUAAUAUGAUAUGUGCUGUCAAAGAGAGACUGUAACUAAUUGGUCACAUGGAACAAUUUUAUUUUUUAUCUUCAUUGUUUUGCUUGAUUAAGAUGUUGCAUAUUCAGCUGCAUUGAGAUAGAAUCAGAGUUUUGAUCUGCUUGAUCAUAGUCUGCAACUUGCAGAAUCUUGGUAUAUUAAACAAUUAAAUAUUGCUCUGUUUUUGCUCCAUUCUUCUUUAAGUGCCAUAAAAAAGCACACCCUGGUAAAAUUUGUUCUGGAGUCUCCACUGGAGAUUACAGCAUUGGGACUUACAGGGCUAAAUGUGAACUACAAAUAGUACCAAUAGUGAAAAUUAUGACCUGUGAUAGUUUAGCAGAAAAAACAUUCAGAAUGAAUCUGUCUGUGAACUUACAGUUUUAAUAGGCAUGGACCAGUAGAGAUGCUCACAGUAUAAUAAUUGUGCGUAAAAAAAUUCCACAGUUUGAUGAUAUUUGCUAAAUGUAAUCUAGAUGUUUUUAAAUGCAACAAUUAUUGCUUUGUUCUUUUACUUGUGCAGCACAACCUCGUUUUUAAAGAUUUAUAUAAGUAAUAAUGGUAUGGUAUUAUUACUACUAUGUGACAGAAAUAUAAAUAAUGUUAUCCAAACUAUGCAUUUAUUGUAAGUAUCAUUUUGGUACUAAUCAAAAUUUAGCACCACUCAAUGCUAGCUGCUCAUCUGCUGCUCAGGCAGGAGCAGAUAUUAGCUCGUUUAAAUACCAAGAUAAAGCUCAGAGGGCUUAGAGAGCAAACAACCUGCUUUUCAUUGUGGCAUCAGGAGGAGCGACAAGUGGCAGCACCAUGACGAUCGUCCGCUAUUGUCUAUUGCUGCUUUUUGUGUUCCUGCUGCCAACUUACAGCGAGGCUUUGAAGUGCUACACCUGCAUGGGCUCUAAUAACGAUGACUGCAACCGACAAGGCUCCAAAUCCUGUCCCAGCUACUCUGACGCCUGUGCGGUGGUGGUGGGCCAUGACAGUGGCGUGAUGAAGUCGUGUUCCUACAAGUCUUUCUGCAGUCAGGCCAGCAGCCAGGGAUACAGAGCACCAGGGGUCAGAGUUCACUGCUGCUACAGUGACGACUGCAACAUUAAAAGCUUCGCCUCUCCGCUGCCAGGAUUCAGCUUUUGGCUGCUGUCUUUUCUGCUACUUUUGCACUGACUUUUUUUCACAGGACACACAGACAACCUGAUCAUGCCAACAAGAAUCCAUUCAGCAUUCAAAUGCCAACAAAAUGCCAAAAAGACUGCCUGUUUUCACACUUGAUGUCAUCCUACUGAUCACUACUCCACUUAACUUUGGUUAAUGUAUUUAUUGGAGUGCAAGACAUUAAGAAAAUGCUGCAUACUGAGCAGUGAAGUAAUGCUUAUGAACCGUAUAAAUAAAUCAGUCAACUAGCUGCAUCUUUGAUGGCGGAUAGGCACGGACCAGUUUGCUAAUCUUGAGUAAAAAUAUCACGUUGUCAUGGCAUUUGCACAUUUUCUUUCAACACUUGAAAGAAAAUCAAUCUCAUUGCUCUUAGUUAAAGUGAAAAGCAACAACUAUUUGCUGCUGCUUCAAAAUAUAGAUUUUUAGUUCUAUUAAUAUUGUACAUUAAAAAAAAAUCUAUUUACUGUUAUUAUGCUUUCAAAGCAUUGACUUAACCCUGAACUAUAGAUGAUGUGGGGCCAACUCCUGACACAAGUUCACAAAUUUCACAUGAAAAUUACAACAAUAGAUCAGUUUUAAAGGUUGUAGCUCCUGUCAACAUCAGUUGUUACAAAGCUAUAUUUUUAUUACUGUAAAAGGUUCUUCAUAAACAAGAGAUGUCUUCAUCCAACUUAGAAAGUACCCAGUUUUAAGGUUUUUACAUAGUCCAAUCAAAUAAAACAAAAUAACAAAGCUCACAUUCAUGCUUGCUUGAACUUGCUAAAACAUUUGGUUAUUUGAAAAAAAAAAA